UUUUCUCCGUUCUCUUCGUUGUUUACUUCUUACAACAAAGAUGGCGUCGAGAUUUCGGCAGCUAGAAAAUAACUUUUUUCGUUCUUUCCUUCCCACGUGAUCUUGUGCCUUUCGUUCAUGUGGGUACCGAGUAUUGGAAAACGACAAUUUAGCACUUCACUACUGAAAUUUGUUUUCGAAUAAUAUACACUGGAAACGCAUGUUGGAAUACUCGUACGCCGGCCAUAUUGUUAUUGUGUGUAUCAAAGAAAAUACUCUAGACACGUGUUUAAAAUUGCGUAUUUUUUUGAAGAUUAAAUAAAGGUUUAUAAAACACAUACAACCAUUCUAAAGUGUAUUAAUUAGAGCCUUUUAUUAGCUUCGAGGAGCUUAACAUAAUCGAUUUUAUUGUGUUUAACAAGUUUCCAACAUUCAACGAAAAUGGUAUCUGGUCGUCCACUUUUAUAUCUGUCAUUACCGGGAGUAGUAUUCAUUCUCGGUGUUUUUUGGUACCGGCGUCGCAACAAAAAUCGCGUAAUUGGAGAUACAACGGCGGGUGAGGAAGAAAAGUUGAAUAAACAGCAAUCAUAUGAAUCAUCAACACAUCAAGCAGAAGUAACUAAUAUGCGGAGCAUAUCAAAUCCCUUACCAAGUGACUCGGUAAACAUAAAUAUUAAGAAUUCAGACGAAGAGAGUCCAACCGUCAGACUUUUCGGCAAAUCAGCUCCAAUAAAAAUUGUUCAGAAUUCCAGAGGCUCUCCAGUCAAACAACAACAGGUAGACUCUGAGGUUUUAAAAAGUAAAAUACAGGACGCGGAAAAUAAGGUGCUUCGAUCGAUUGAUGAAGAUUUUGAAAACUUGUCGUCGCCAAUCGAUUUGCCAGACUCCGUUGAUAAUCGUAUUGCAUUUUAUUCCCGAAACGUGAAUUGCAAAAAAGACGCCCCUGUUGUAAUAAGGGCAACUCGCACACCAAAAAUAUCACCAGAAAAUUCUUUUCUUGAGAGUAAAUAUACUAAAGAGUGUGAAGAAAAUAACAAUUUAGAACCAAUGGGAUGUGUUAAAAAGGAAACUAAGGAUGUAAACGAUCAAGAAGAGUCAAACUUAUCGUCGUCGCUGAAACAAAAAGAAAAUGAAAAACAUUCAAUUAAUCAACAAAUCAGUAGCAAAGAGGCAACUACUGACGUUGCAACACAAGAAUUGAGUGCAACUGACAAUGGGAAGCGUAACGUUGAUGCUGCUAGUCCUUCAUUGAGUUUAUGCAGUUUACAAUCUGGUGACUCGGGAAAAGGCUCAAGCCUGCCACGUUCUGAAGCAAAUCGUCUCAAAACUACCUACGAGUUUUUCUUCCCAAAUAGUUUUGUUGGUCAUUUAUACGGCAGGAAACAUUCAUUUAUUAACCAAAUCAAAGCUAAAACCUCAGCAAAUGUAGUUAUACGUAAAACAAAUUAUGCAGGUAAAUUCGUUUGCAUAUGCGCCAUUGAGGGCUCCGAGAGUGAAAUUAAAUCUGCUUUGGCAAUGAUAAGGCAACGUCUACCCGCAAAACGCUAUCCUAAUUUUACAAUGCAAAGGAUACAUUUUGCACCUCCUCAAACUGUAGUUCCUUUAUCUACCGAAAGUUUGCUUAAUCUACAGCUUAACCUUAUCGAAGGCAUUAAUAAUGAUAUAAUUGUUACUGCUGUCGUAAAUGGCGCACAUAUGUUCGUUCAACAUCCUUUACAUCCUUCCCAUCCUUCACUAGCUGUUAUUCAAAAGUGUUUGUACGACAGCUACUCCACAAGUGAAGCACCUUUGCUGCCUGGAAUCGAAAUUAAUGCUGUUUGCGUAAUUCCAGUAAAUGGGAUAUGGUAUAGAGUUCAAAUAGUUGAGCAAGAUAGUGAAGAUGAGCAGCGCUGUGUAGUUAAAUUUUUAGACUUUGGAGGCUAUAUGAAUGUUCAUUUCAAUGAAUUACGGCAAAUUCGAUCAGAUUUCAUGACUGUGCCAUUCCAAGCAACAGAAUGUGUUUUGUCAAAUGUGGAACCGAUUGAUUCUAUCUGGUCACCAGAAGCGGCAGAUAUUUUAUGCCAGCUAACCAAAGGAAUUGUUUUACAAGCGCAGGUAGCGGGAUAUAAUAGUCAUAAUAUACCAGAAAUUUACUUGUUCGCUUGCUUGGGUCCAAAUAAUGUCAUCUUCAUUAACAAAGAGCUUGUGGCUAGGAAUCUAGCGAAAUGGGUUGAACUACGAGACUGAUUCAAGCGAGUGGAAGGUGUUUGUUAAAACGAAUAGCACAGAAGCUGCAACUAUCAUCUAAAUCAUUUUUAAAUAUUUAACAGAACAAAAAUCGCUCUAUCAAUUUAGAAAUAGUAAAUGUAUUUCACUAGGUAAGUUAUCAUUCGCAAUAGGAUAUAAAAGAGAUCAACAGUUAGAUUUGGGAAGAUUAGGGGUCAUUGUAGCAUUUUGCGAUACUUUGUCUUGUACGCAAUAGUCAUUUGUGUCGAGAAUAAACCUCUUGUAUAUAUAGAAGCAAAUUAAAAAUUCGACUAUAAUGAGGUGAGAAUACAUAUAAAUAGUAUGUAUUACAAUAGCAAGCAAUAGAAGGCUCGUAUUAAUUCUGCCGGACAAAAGGUUUACUAUAAUAACUUGUAUAUAUAAUAUGCAUAUUAAAUAUUAUUUCAAUAUAUAGUAUAUUUUUAUGCCUCUUAUUGAUGCAAAAAUACCAUAUGUUAAAAUAUAUAUACCUACGUAUAUUUUUUUACCAAGCAUAGAGAGAGGUGAGGAAAAAAUCUAAUGUUUUUUUUUGUAUAAAUUGCGUAAAGGCAUUUUGAUGUAAGUUUGUGAAAGAAAUUUUACAGAAUUUACAUACCUAAUGUCUAAGCCUGUAACGUUGAAUUAAACUCUAUUAUACUGAGAGCAACUUUUCCUGAGCCUUUAACCUUUGAUUUGUAUGACCAUAUUUUGUUUGAAAUUCGCUUAAAUAACCUAAUAUGCUGACUGCCUUUUACCACAUUAUUAUACUCGAGUUUAUGGGGUUCCAUUCUGAUUGAGAAUGCAUCAAAAUGCCUCCUGUGUUUAUUAUACCAAUUUAUACUUAAAUACAUUUAAAACAACAUUUUACAAAGCAUAAUAGUGUUAGGUGUCCAUAAGUAACACUCUAGGCCUUUUAAGUAGAUGUAAGUAGUAUGCUAUAUGUUUAUAAGUCUUCGUUCAGUUAUUCUCAAAUAACGUAAUAUUUAUUUUGCACUUAUGUUAUGGCUAACCGGCACGUUUUUACCAGAUUGAAACCUAUUACCCCUAGUGUUAAUUAUUGUAUGAUUUCAUCCAGCUUAGUUUUAAUUAUAAAUUAAUAGAUUUACAUGUACUCUUAAAGUGAUUUAAUUGAACGUUAUAAUACUGAAAAAUACAAAUGGAGUAAACAUACAAUAAAAACAAUGGAGUUUUAACAUGCUGAAUCUAAUAAAACGAUUUAAUCAUCGUUCUAACUGCAACUGACGCCAAUUACAUGUCAAGAGAUGCAGAGUAACAAGCCUUGUGAUUAUUGUAUCUUACGUAUAAUUCUUCAACCCUAUUUUAUGCAUUGAAACAAAAGGCAGAAGAAAGUUGGGCAUUGUAGCUCAAGUGUAAAUUUACUGUAUAAGAACAUGUUAUGAAGAUUGAAGAAGAGUUCAUCAAGAAGUCGCGAUAAAAACUAAGGUGACUCAAAGAUAAACAUAAAUAAAGAAAACGUUAUUAAAUCGUUAAA